AUGGAAGCCUCGCCAGCGUCAUCGAGCCAUAAUAGCUACAGCCACAACAUCAACAACAGCAGUAGCACUAGCAGCUCCCCCCGUUCUAGCCCGCCCUCUGUGUACAGCUACCGCUACAACUACCGCCAGCACCUUUCGCCGUCUCCACCACCGAGGCCGGAGCCAUUGAACCUCCGGACGCGACAGCUCCAGCUUCGAAACGCGCGCUUCCAAGGCGCCACAAUCUCGCCGGCCAAGGUGUCUGGUCGCUUCUCGACAUGGCGGUCAUCGUCGCCCAGUUCUGAUACCUCAGUCGACAAGGAAAACCAGCCAGCCUCGCCCGUCGAACAGCAGCAGAAAACCCCCGGCUCGGUGCGGAGAAGAGUAAGCAUUCUGCAGGAAAUCCACGACUCGUCACAGCGAGGUCGCAAACUGCGUCGCUCGUCAGUCACCCGGCUCUUUGGCCCGCCAUUGGAAGACGUCGAGCUUUCGUCGACUCGACGGCACGCAUACAGAUCUCCAUCCAUCCUGGCGGAUGGCCGUGCUGAACCCGUGAUGGCCACUAGUAGUGCUUAUCAAAAUCGGUCAUCACCGCUGUCGUCACUGGACGUACCGUCUCACAAGAACCGCCUCAGGAGUAAUAGCCGUGACCGAGCCACCAGCUACGCAACUGAGAGGUAUAUUGAGCAUCUCGAGACACAACUGGCCGCAGCGCAGAACCAAUUGAGUCCAAUGCAGGUGUCAACAGCAACCCAAGCUCAGACCUCGAAGCUGAGGUCUUUGAGUGCUGAGCUCAAAGUGCUACGGCAGGAGAUCUCGGAAUGGGAGGACAAAUUCGAGGUUCGAGUCCAUGAAGAAAUAGCACUGCGGAUGGACAUUGAAAGCAAAUUGCGGACCAAGAUUAUCUUCUUGGAAGGUCAGCUCGAGGAUUAUACAACGCGUGUCAAGGAACUCGAGUGUGAGCGCGACCUCCAGGCGCAAAAGUUACGCAAUGUAGAGUCGCUGCGAUCGACGAAUCGCGGCUUGGAACGACGCAUUGAUGUCUUGACCGAACUCCUUGCGCAGUCUCCUACAAAAUUAGAACCGCGGAGUCCAGAAGUCUCGCCCACGCGCAGCCCGGGCCCACGUUUAUCUCGACCGAAAUCAAUGCUCCCUUCUGUGCCAUUACGUACAGACCUCGUCUACCAGUCUCUGGCCGACCCAAGCGUUGCAAACGGAGAUGCCGAAGCCGCAGUCGAGAAACAACAACAACAACAGCCAGAGCCGGAUAAAAUACAAACGCCAGAUCUUAUUCCCGACGACUCCACUGUAGCUUCUUCGGCAGCAUCCAAGUCUCAGCGCUCGUCUACAAUAUCUCACCCGCCAUCAACAUCAACUUCAUCUCGAUGGAGUGUGCCGCUGCCGUUUUCUCCAGAGUUGCAAGGCAAGACACCAGGACGAUCACGGAAUAUGCGACGAUUUCCUUCUGGAACAUGCUCUUUGAAGCCAUUAAUAUUACCGACUACUGCUACUCCGACCCCUGCGUCUCCUCAGCGACAAUCUCUUUCAGCAGAACUCCACCCUUUUAUUUACAGCCCAAAUUCCGAGCGAGGAAUGUCUGACGGCGCGAGUGCUGCCGCCCAAGAGGAAACACUAGCUGUUUUAGAAGGCCGUGCAGGUCGAUAUCACACAUUCAACGAGCCAAUGUCAGAUCCGGAGGAGGAGGAGGAGGCGGCGGAGUAUAACAAUGACAACAUGUCAGAAUCUCCAUUAUCCAGGAGAACAAGGUCUGUCUCUGAAGUUCAUCACCACCGAUUCUCUUCAACAUUAUUUUCAGAACUCGAGGAAGCCGAGAGAAAUAACGACCUAUCUACAAUAUCACAAGGGUGUCAUUCGCGCCGAACCACAAACCCAAGCACUCCUAUGGGAUUAUAUCAUCUUAAAUCUCAUGGUAGCAGAUCAAGUAGUUACAGUACCACAAAUCCGAAAGGUACCAAGUCGCUAUCCAACAAAAGCGUCCCAGUUGUCUUCCACGGACUCAAAACCUCCUUUGGCACAUUCACUCAGACACUCAUUGCAGGCAUCUGGCAGAAGAGUAUAGGGCGACUUGGAAAGCUUCCUUGGUGGAUUCUGGGCAUCCUUCUCGGACCCCAGCAGCGGGACGAUUGGCUUAAAGGCUCUUCAUUGAAAAUGAAACCAGGCCACUGGACUACCUCAUCUUCAUCUGUCUGUUACGCAUGUGGCCAGAGCAGCCUGCGACAUUCAAAACCACGUCCCGGAUUCGGUGACACGAAAGAUACUAGUACUAGCUGCAUGUCUUCUUUUUUUGAAGAUAAUGACACCCUUGGUCACACGCUACUAAUGUGGACCAAGUUCUCAGUUGCGAUAAUAGUAGCCUUCGGACGUGCCAUUCGAUACGGCCCUGCAUCCGUGUUGUUGGGCGCGGAAUAUGACCGAGCUGAUGAAGAUUAUCGCCGACGCACAUCGCUCAUCAAGACAAGUGUCUUUGGCCACGAUGGCGCGGAUGGGAAUGACUUUAUCCCUUCCGAAGACGUCGAAUAUACCGCCUGGACACGACCGAGGACAGCGGAAGAUUUCUUCACGAGCUAG